AGUCGAGUGAGAAUUGCACCCGCUCUCUAUGUCCAUCCCGACCGCGACACAAGUACCGAAAACUGAUUGAUUUUCUUCCGGGCGUGUGCUCAGCCUGGCAGUGGCAGUUGCCAGUGGUUGCCUCGAGGCGAUAUACGCGGUUACCCAUACGAUCCUGCCACCAAGGCACGUCCACGACCCGCAGAGUGCGGGAGAAUACACGGAAGACGGGCACUGCAUUUCACUAGUCUAGGAACUCUAGAUAGUUGACAGCAUGUCCACCGCAGCGCUUCCCCAUGUCUCUAGCCCGGACGACGAGGACUUGGCCAAUCUAUACCAUCAAGUGCUGGCCGGGUUUGCAGAAGAGGCCCCUGCUGCCGAUCAAACGAUGCGCAACAGCGAGGGAGAGCUCGAGACGCUCUACAACAACUAUGGCGAAGAUGGAGGUGACACGCCGACGACGACCCGGCAACAGAGCCUUACCAUGACACCGCCAAUGCGCAGCGGUACGUCGCCCCUCGCUUACUUCCGACCGUUUCAGGUCGCUCAAUCCAAUAGGCCAAGGCCACCACGGUAUCCCACCUUCUCCACGACCUUCAGCUCGCCCAGUCUCCACUGCACCGAGUGUGCAGUCGCCUACUCUCCGUGGACCACGACCUCUACCCCGCAUACCUGGGCAACCGACGCCAAUGCAGACUCCUCCGCCCCCGCCCCCACACGUUCUAUAUGGCAUGCCCGAGCAGCGGAUACCUGACGAACCUCCACCGCCUCCACUCCCUCCGAAACGGACAAGUGACCCGAAUCGCAGACUACCUUACACUCCAGUCGAUUCACCUUCUACAACAUCAGGUAACGGCUUUUACUCUCCGCCGGCCUCCCUCUCCCCGCCAGCUGCACCACCACCGCGUUUACCUCCUCUGAACGGGGGUUAUGUCGACCCACGGCCGAUCUCCCAGGCGUAUCC